UAGAUUUUAGAAAUUAAAAAAGAAAAUGAAAAACAGAAAGUGACAAAAACAUACACACAGAAAAUGAGAAGGAAAUAAAAGAGGAGCAGCUUUUUCCUUUUUCUUUUUUCCAAUUUUUCUUCAUUUUAGAGCUUAAAAGCCUUCUUUCUUCUAGCUUUCUCCGAAUUCCCAGAAAUAAAUUGCAGUUUGAGAAAAAUAACCCCUUUAGCUUAAAAAUCCCCUCAGAACAGAUCCCUUUGUCUUUGAAAAGAAAUUACUGUUUUUGUUUUGUUUUGGAAGAGAGAAGUUCUUGGUUGACUAAAGUUUAAAGCUUUUAUGGGGUCCAUAAAGAUUUCUGGGACAUCUUUAUUUGCCUCUCUCUCAUGUUCUUUUCUCUGAUACAACAAGCUAAAAAGCUUCUAGUUUUGGCUCUUCUUUUUUUCUUUUUUCUUUUUGUUUCUUCAAAGGUUGUAUUUUGCUCAAACCCAAAUCUUUUGGCGUUUUGUUGUGUUCUAGAUUUUCCUUUUCCCUUGUUGCUAGCUGUUUCAAUUGGUUUUAUUACAAAGGAGAUGCAAUCGGGUCGGCCACAAUCCGUGGUAAGUCCGAUUCCCCAGCGGAUUCACUCUUUUCAAGCAGCUGAUACCAGAGGGAAGCAUAGGAUACAAGCUGAACUCAAAAGGCUAGAGCAAGAAGCUAGAUUCUUAGAGGAAGAACUGGAGCUGAUAGAAAGGAUGGAGAAGGCAUCAGCUGCAUGCAAAGAGAUGUUUAGUAAUGUCGAAAGUAGACCCGAUCCACUACUUCCCAUGUACGUCAGUACACACAUUCAUGAAUACGUACGUGCAUGUGUACAUGCACACAUUCUUUCUUUCAGAAUUUUUCUUACAAUUCCAAAAAAUUGUUUUCAUCAAUUUUUGACAGCACAAAUGGCCCUAUAAAUCCCAUGUGGGAUCAAUGGUUUGAAGGUCCCCAGGAAGCUCAAGGUUGCAAAUGUUGGAUACUGUGACAGUUUUUGCUGAUUUGAAGAUUUAACUGUUAUACAUCUUUAGUUUGGAGAGGCUUUGAUUUACGGAGUUGUUACAAAAUAUUAGAGCUGUUUUACAGCAUUUUUUUCUCACAUACUAUUUAUACCAACACUUUCUUCAUUGUCAAAUGUUAUAAGAAAAGCUUCAUUGUGCAGAAAA